UCAGCUGAUCCACAGUAUUCUUCCAGAGUCGGAAGCUUUAGGAGUCUUCAUGGCUGCAGAAGCAAAAGAAGCCAAGGAGCCUGCCACCACAUUGGAGGAUUCUGAGGAGUCCGACUCCAGUGAAGAAAACAGCAGUGUAUCAGAAAUGGAUUUCCUCCGUGAUCUCUUUAGCCGGACCCUGGGCAUUGGAACCCCAGAAAAAUUCCUUGAUGAACUGAGCCUGGAAGGUGUCGGCAGGUUCUUGCUUAGUGAAAAAUGUAAGAAUGUGGUGUUUAUGGUUGGUGCAGGCAUCUCAACAUCUGCAGGAAUACCUGAUUUCCGUUCUCCAGGUAGCGGAUUGUACUCUAAUUUACAGAAAUACAACUUACCCUAUCCUGAGGCCAUUUUUGAAAUUGGAUUCUUUAAGCAAAACCCAGAACCAUUCUUUGCUCUGGCCAGAGAGCUGUACCCAGGACAAUUCAAGCCAACUAUUUGCCAUUAUUUUAUUCGGCUAAUGAAAGAAAAGGGUCUACUUCUUCGUUGCUACACUCAGAACAUUGACACUUUGGAGAGAGUGGCCGGUCUGUCUUCUGAUGACUUAGUUGAAGCUCAUGGAACUUUCCACACCUCACACUGUGUUGGAGCUUUCUGUAGAGCUGAAUAUCCACUUUCUUGGAUGAAAGAAAAAAUCUUCUCUGAUCUGAUCCCAAAAUGUGAGAAGUGUAAUAGCUUGGUUAAACCAGAUAUUGUGUUUUUUGGAGAAAGCUUGCCACCCAGAUUCUUCUCUGCCUUAAAAUCUGAUUUUCAAAAAGUUGAUCUCCUUAUUGUGAUGGGAACGUCCCUUCAGGUGCAGCCAUUUGCCUCACUUGUUGGCAAGGUUCCCAGUAAAACGCCCCGUCUGCUCAUCAACAAAGAAAAGACUGGAGAGGGUGACUCAUUUUUUGGACUUCUCGGUUUGGGAGGUGGAAUGGACUUUGACUCAGAGAAAGCUUACAGGGACGUGGCCUGGCUGGGAGAUUGUGAUGAUGGUUGCCUGGCGUUAGCUGACUUCCUGGGAUGGAAGGCCGAGUUAGAAGAAAUGGUGAAGAAAGAACAUGCAGCCAUAGAUGCAGCUGCGCAGAAGAGCUCCCCGAAGAAGACAGAGGAGAAGUCGUCCCCUGAGAAAAAGCAAAGUGAUAAGUCAACAGAAUAACUGCAGUGGAGACCUCUCCAUGGAGGAACCUGUAACAUCUGCUGCCACAGUUCUGACUUUUCAUACACGACACUACCUGGGAGCUUUUACUGGAACUUUUUGCACAGAAAUAUGGAAAAAUAGUGCAGAUCUGAGGUUAUUCAGUGGUAUUCCAGUGGAAAAAAAAUCAUAAAAUCAUAUCAACUGACUACAGAAAGUUAAACAGAUUUGUAAAUUACUUCU